AUUUGAAACUGUCAAGUGGAGUUUAUGUACGGUGCGGCGUGUCAACUUUCCGGUGUAAACAGUAGAAGUGGAAAAUAAUUCUAAAAUGUCGAAAAUCUCACAGGAUUACAUUGCCUUAUAUGAGUUUUUAAUGGACAAGAAUAUUGAGCAUCAAACCUUUGAAACCAUGUCCGGAAUUGUUCAAAAGAAGUUCAAUAAGAACGAUUAUUUAAGCGUGGGGACGCUGCUAUCAAUGCUAAUUCGUCAUGGUGACUUGCCGGGAAUUAUUCAAAAAGUGAGCGCUUAUUACAUUAUUUACGAUUUAUUUCGAAGUGACGGACAAACAGAGAGUCCUUUUCUUCCUUUCUUCUUUACUGUUCUGGAACAAAACACCAUUCCAACUAGGUUAAAUAUAAUAGAAAAGAAUUUUCUUUCGCAAUUACUAGGAAACGGAACAAAGGAGCUUGCCAAGCUUACCCCAGCUCAUAUCCUGAAAACGGACUCAAUUCCUCUGCAAGUUGAUUUAUUUACCUUGAAAGAACAUGUCAUAGGAAAACAACAUGAGCUUCCAGCGACUGUCAAGGCGGGUUUAAUGAAUACAAUCCCUGGUCCAACUGCCCCAAGUGCAGAAAAUCCGAUAAAGGAAUUAAUGGAAGGUUUGGCGUUGUCAUCUAUAUCGCCAUUGAAAAACACCUUUGCUCCCCAAUUUAUGUCUGUGGCGCCGCCAUUAUUACCUUUUGAAGAUGAAUUAGCUUGGUUUGAUCUAACGAAUCGAGCUUAUCAUAUGCCCGAGUAUGAUGCUUCCAAUAGCAUUGGAGUGGAAGCAAAGAAACUCAUUAUCCAAGCCUUCAAACAAGCACUCAAUUUGGGCCAACAGUUUGUACUUCUGGAGGAACUCAACAAGGAUCCGAAUUUGGUUUAUCAAAUUGGUUUGACGCCUGCUAAGCUUCCUGAUUUAGUGGAAAACAAUCCAAUUGUAUCGGUGGAAAUAUUGCAGAAAUUGAUUAACUCCAUGCAAAUCACAGAGUAUUUCAAUAUUUUAGUGAACAUGGAUAUCACCUUGCAUUCAAUUGAAGUGGUGAAUAGACUGACAAGAUCUAUCGACUUACCUACAGAAUUUAUUCAUUUGUACAUAAGUAACUGUAUUUCGAAAUGUGAAGCAAUGAAAGAUGAACGAAAGCAAUUGAGAUUAGUUCGAUUAGUGUGUGUCUUCCUUCAAAGUCUGAUACGGAAUAAAAUGAUUAAUGUGAAGGAGCUCUUCAUUGAAAUCGAAGCGUUCUGUGUGGAGUUCAGCCGAGUUAAAGAAGCCGCCGCACUUUAUCGUCUAGUGAAACAGGUGGAGAUUGGUGAAGGGGCUGUAGGAACGCAAAAACCUAAAGAGUAAAUUGAAAACGCAUAUAAAUGAAGAAUAAUGAAAUGUUUUUAACAGAAAUUGUAAAAAUUAGGAGUAAAUUUGUACAUCUUGAAAUUAUUUAUUUGAAAAUUAAAUGAUAGCAUUGCUGUAUUAUCAAUUUUGCUGACUUAAAAUU